GUGUGUGCUGGAGGUGAUAGCCCUUGUGCUUUCUUGACAGUGCUUUUCUCGCGAGCCCUAACAAGUUGUGAGGCCCCUGAGGUAUCGCGGAGAAGCCUCAGGAAUCACAGAGUCUUGUGGACUUGUGGCAUUGUUAGUUGUGGUGGGCAGGAUGUGUGGGAACCAAGGAAGUGAUCUACCCGCCGCAGCCAUUUCCUCUACGGGUGCUGAGAAGACAUGUGUCACGGAAACGACUUCAAAUUGUGUGAAGGGAGUGGCCGAGGAAGGAAGCACCCGAGGAGGUCAAAAGGUCAAGUUGUCGGCGGUGUUUUGGGACAUGGAAGCCGACCACCACUCCCAAGAUUCAACGAUUUCAAGUGAACUCCAGGUGAAUUAUUCCAAGUAUUUUCUUAUCUAUUCACCUGUUUCUGGAGUACUGCCUUUUUUUUUCGCCAUGCAGAGUUCAAACACAUUUACAUCUCGCUGGCCAACGGUCGCCGGACUGGAUUUACUCGCCACGUUUACACUUGUAUAUGGAUGCGCAUAAUAUUUCACAGCGGAUAAUCAGUUUCAUUCUUCGUUUCCUCCCCCGUAGUUUCUCCCAAGUCCAUUUUCUCCUUUGCUUUUCUUUCCUCAGCGCAAAUGUUUAUGGCUUGGAGCUCAUUCCUCUUUUCAAAUUGUGCUAGUUUUUAUCUCCUCUCUCAUUCCGUGCACUUGUUCCCCCAGGUUGCCAAGUGCUCGUUUGUGCGGCCCAACUUUGGCACUGAGGCCGGAUAUUGCCGAAUUAUGAACGGUCCCCUGAGCUCUCGUUCCUCACAUGAUUCACGACACGGAUGCGAGUAUACGUGAUUCAUAGAGGGUUUUUUGAGAUUCCUGGCAGUUCAUGGGGGAGGAAACUAAACAGAGCGAAGGUGGAUGAGUCAGUGCUUGCCGCUUUUCUUUCAUCCCGUUUUCUCCCGCGUCAGAACACCCUCAACAGGUCCACGUGCUUCAUAAAACACGCAGGGAAGGGUGAAGGGCGGCUUCUCUGUGAAGGAAGGAGCGCCAGAGGUCACAACUCCCGAGCAUAAAGGCUGAUUACGCGGCCUCACACAACACUUCCUCCUACACCUCCCACACGCCUUAUCACACGCCCCCUCGCCUUUCAUCUCCAGCCACGCCCCCUUCUCGCCGUACCCACGUCCUC